AUGGAGAGUGAAGGAGGGAACUGUAGCAAAAGCAUAAAACAAAAUGAAUCGGUAUUGAAGGAAGAUCCGAAAUCAGCCUACCUAUUGAUAUUUCUACAAAAGUAUUACCGAUCUGGUUUUCUCAAAAAGGUGAUAGCAGAAAUAAUAGCUACGUACCUAUUAGUGUUUGUGACAUGUGGUGCAUCAGCUCUUAGUGGGAGCGAUGAACACAAAGUGUCAAAGCUUGGGGCGUCCGUAGCUGGUGGACUCAUUGUAACUGUCAUGAUAUAUGCUGUUGGACAUAUAUCUGGUGCCCAUAUGAACCCUGCUGUUACCUUUGCUUUUGCCGCCGUUAGACAUUUCCCAUGGACACAGGUGCCAGUGUAUGCAGCAGCACAAGUUACAGGAGCAAUAUCUGCUGCAUUCACGUUGCGUGUAUUACUUCAUCCAGUAAUUAAACAUGUGGGAACUACAACUCCCUCAGGCUCAGACAUUCAAGCUUUAAUCAUGGAAAUUGUCGUCACAUUCUCUAUGAUGUUCAUCACCUCUGCAGUUGCCACUGAUACCAAAGCUAUUGGUGAGCUGGCGGGAAUUGCAGUUGGUUCGGCCGUAUGUAUUACUUCUAUCUUGGCGGGGCCAGUGUCAGGAGGAUCAAUGAACCCAGCUAGAACCAUUGGACCAGCAAUGGCUAGCAAUGAUUACAGAGCAAUAUGGGUGUAUAUCAUUGGUCCCGUUUGUGGAACAUUACUUGGGGCAUGGUCCUAUAAUUUCAUCAAGGUUAAUGAUAAACCAGUACAAGCAAUAGCACCCGGACACUCCUCAUUUAAACUUAGAAGAAUGAAGAGCAAUCACGAUGAAGAACAAUGUGUAAACAAAGACCCUCUAAAUGAUUGAACUUCUUCCAAUCCCAUUUCACCCGUCUGUCUCAAAAACAAUUUUGGUUUCUAAUUUAUUUUCUCAUGUUUGAUUAGUGACUCAAAAUAUUUUCCAUUGUUUGGAUGGUGAAUGAGAAACAUUUUCCAGAAAA